AGUAAAUAGAAUGUCCAGUAAUUAUAUAAUUUGGAAAAAUUUAACUAAACAUUCUAAUUUAAGUGUAUUUAAGGGCCCUUGCACAGAUCCAUUUUUUUCACAAACCUAAUUCCACACCUAAGUGGUAAGCAACUAAUAAACUGUAGACGUUGGGAGUCCAGGUAGAGAAUGAAGGGUGUUGUAGCUUUGCUGGUGUUGCUGUGCAGCACCCUGACUGCGGCUAUGGUGAUAACACCAGAAAACGGAGACAAAAACUGCCCGUCUGACAUGUGUGACAUGCUGAGGAAGAUUGAAGUAAUGGAAAACCGGCUUGCAGCUGCUGAGAGCCAGGUGGAGACACUGAACGCUAAAGCAGAAACGAAGGUGGCAUUCUCAGCUGGAUUUGGGGGUACUGGAUUCUAUGGACCUUUCAAUGUUGAAAAAACGCUUGUCUACGAAAAGGUCUUAACCAACCUUGGCAACGCUUACAACCCGGCAACAGGCAUCUUCACAGCACCAGUGGCAGGAGUCUAUCAGUUUAGCGUCUAUCACCAUUCAGGACCAGGUCGCCGCUCAGACUCCUUGCUGUUCAAGAACAAAGAACAAAUCGCAUUUAUUUCUGCUAUGAACAAGGACGGCUCCUACAACGGAUCUAAUGGUAUCAUACUGCAGCUGGAGGAGGGAGAUGUGGUAUAUGUUGUUUUGAAGGAUAAUUCAUGGAUCUGGGACCAUAUGAGCAAUGUUGGUGCCAUUGGAUGGUGCCACUUCAACGGCAUUUUGCUGUUUGCUCAAUAAACCUCAGUGGAAUAUGUACAUACUGCUGCGGAAUAUUUUACCCUAAUCAAUUCCAUUAAAUGGUUUUCUGCAUAAAUAAUACUGUUUUUUUGCUUCUAACAUACUGAACGUUUAUCAAUGGCAGCUGAUAGUAACAGUUAAACAACAGUUUGACGUGGCACAUUUCAACAGCUUCAAUGGAUUUCUGCUCUUCACUCAGUGUUUGUUUGUUCCUAAACGUUGCGGUGUCUCUUUCCAUCAGCCUCUCGCAGGUCACAAGGUAGAGAUGAUCCAAGCAGGACCAAUGACAAAAGAAGGUCACACUUACAGAUAGUUCAAUCUAAAUGUAGUUCUGUGUUCAAUCUGAAGCCUUACAGAUAGUUCAAUCUAAAUGUAGUUCUGUGUUCAAUCUGAAGCCUUACAGAUAGUUCAAUCUAAAUGUAGUUCUGUGUUCAAUCUGAGGC